AUGCCACCAAAAGCUCCGGUAAACGCUCGAAAAGCGAAGCUUUACAACAGUAGGGCUAUCAGGACAGAGACAGUCGACCCAAGUUUCAACGACGGUAUCCUUAGCAUCCCAGAGUUCCUUUCAUCAAGAGAGUAUGAGAUCAAAGCAUUCGAACACAGUCAAUUGAACACCAAAUAUGCUUCGUCUAACCGAGUUUUCCAGAGUCUUCCCAGGACACUUCGUCGAAGAACCGCCUCGCAUAACGUGAAGAGAGUCCCCAAGAGAAUGAGAAACAAGGCAUUGAGAGAGAUGCAGAGCACCAUCAAUGGCGUUCCUCCAAAGGGAAAACAGCCUCGAGGCCGAGAAAGAUACAGACUUAAACAACAGAAGAAGCUUUUAUUGGUGGCCUCGAAAAUUAAAAAGCUUCGAGGAAUUGCAGCGGCAAACACUGGGAAAACUAUACCCCAGAGGCUCAAAGAGCUUAACGUUCAGUUGACUGAUUUACAACAAAAGAAACUCAAGCCGUUGAAUAAUAUCGUUGGUGCUGUGGAUAACUGCUCUACUGGUACAUUAGCGCCCAAAUCUCUGGGAAAUGUGAAGUAUGGUAGUCGCCAGAAAACGUAUACAUGGCAACCUACGCAUAUAUGGCAUGCCAAGCGGUUCCAUAUGAUGAAAAAAUGGGGGUUCCAGAUUCCAUUCAGCCCGAAUCAAAAAUGUUUUAGAGCUACCAGUCGGGCUGCUAAACAGGGAACUGUUCUCUUUGACACUUCUUACUACGGUGAGAUGGUGAUCGAUUGUGUGGAUAUAACGGGGCUCGAAGCUAUCUUACUGGAAGUGACCAAGUUCAACUCGCCGGUGCCUCAAUGGCUUUCGAAGGGCGAGAAAGCCUACUCUGGGUGGAUCUUUGCAGCCAACCAAAAGAUCUGCCCAGGUAUGGUCAUUGCCCAUGAUAAACUGCUCCUCUUACGGGUUCACCCCUCCGUCUACGAGCAGCUUUUUGAUCAUUUGGUCAAUUUUGCUAAGACUUUCAAAGCAACCGUGACUGACUGCCGUUACGCCAUUGGCAGUUUACAAUUGACGGGCCCCACAGCUCUCCAGAUACUCAGCAAGACCAUUCAUCUAAAAGGUGCAAAAGACACUACAUCACUGAACUGGUUGCUCUUUAGCAACUCCAACGACUCUGCUCUCAUACCCGAGGGCACUACAUUUGCAUUUUACGUUGAGGAUCCUAGGUGCUGGAAACGGCCGAUUACUCCUCCACAACCUCCCAGAAACAACAGAGACCUUCUACUGGUCAUUGCCCUGAAACAACUGUUCAUAGAUAUUGAUGCGAUAACGGGCCUCCUUCAAAGCCAAAGAAGAACAGAUUCCUACAAGGACAUGUUUUCUAUCAAACAGAUUGGACGUGAGUUUGAUCGCGCAGACCCAUUUUCCCAAAGAAUUCAGAACAGCAGUGAAAUCCCAUUGCUCAUCACCAAGGGUGCUAAUCAGACAUGGGUCGUUUUGGCGCCAUGGUUUUGGAUUCAGCCUCUCUGGAGCAAAGUAGUCCAAAUACCUGGUGUCAAAACGGGUGGACUUCGUCAAGAGCAUCAAAUUAAUUUCGAGCAAGGAAGACCAACAUUUCCACAUGACUUUCCUUUACUUCCGGAAGGCUACAAGCACAAUGAAGCAUUACAGGAGGCCCACUCCAUCAAGAGAAGCAAAAUGCCGCCUAGCAAAAGAAAGCCUAUUCCUAUGGAACAAGGCCUAGAGUUAGCAGGCGGUGAUUGGUACUUCCUUAGAAAGUGGACUUUUACUUACCCUCUUAUUGAAAAGGACUUCAUAAGAAAGCAUCCUUUCGGAGAAUUCACAGACGCUAGAUUCAGAAAAAUACUCGAUAGAAAUGAUGUUCUCACGGUUAUCGAAGCAGUCAGAGAAGAAUGGAAGCUCUCAGGAAAACCCAUUAAAAUGAGCGAACUUCCAAUAACUUGGUACAAGAAAAAUGAUCCUACCCACAAAGCGAUUGUUGAGGGCACGUUCAAGCCUGAUGUCUCGAAAUUCCCAUCCUUGCCUGUUGUCCAAAGAAGAGUGACCUUGACCGGCAAAGGCAUCAUCAGGGACUCUGCCAGAAUCUACGAAAUCCCCGAAGGCAAUGCUAAGGAACCGCAGCUCGAAGAGCUCAUUGGAUUUAUAACAACUGGAACGUUCAAUCUAACCGAAGGUAAUCCAACGGGUAUUGGGUUCGUUAGUGCAAAGCUGAAGGAUACCAAGAGAGUGUUGGUUAGAAACGUCGGCUGCACAAACUCAUACACUGCCAGAAUUGAAGCCAUCUAG